CUAACCUCAGCUCUCUACAAAAAUUCCCAAAAAAACAUAUCUAUAUAUCUAUCUUUGUUAACAAAGUACACACUUCUGUACUAUAGGGGUUUUCCAUGUCGGUUUCUUUGGAAGCUUUGGCAAUGGCUGGGAUUGAUUCCAAUGAGUGGGGUAUGGACGCUCAAGAAUGGGAAAGAAACGAGAUCGACGUUGUUCCACCACAUUUAUUAGCCGAUGAAGAAGAUGACGAGGAUGGUGAAUAUGUAACGAGUACUAUUAGUAACUAUUGCUUUCGCGUUGAUGGGUCCUUCGGGGGAUGGCGUCGGAGAGAUUGGAAAGCUGAUGGCGCCCAUCGCAUUUUGGGGAUUUUUUAUAGUCUAAGCAAAGUCAUAGAGAAAAGGGCUUCUAAUGGGAUGAAUUCAGUGAGAAUAAUAGUUAGAACUAUUUUAGGGUUUUUGAUGGUGAUGACCAAUGAAGAUAAUUAGUGCACAAAGAUCCAAGAUGUAGCAAAUUUGGUGGAUAUUUUGCUUCCAAUUUUACUGUAUUCAUUGUUUGAUUAUUAGUGAGUUGAAGAAAAAGUUGAUAUGUUGUUUUUAUUUACAUUCUUUUAGAAUAUAGAAUUAAGGAUGUUAAUUACGAAAG